AUGGAUGGAGUGAGGCCUUAUGCUGUUGUGAUUCUAGUCCAACUAAUAGAUGCUGGGAUGUUCAUAAUAACCAAAGCAGCUUUAACCUUUGGUUUGAAUCCUUUAGUUUUCAUUUUUUACCGACAUGCUUUUGGCACUUUCUUGUUAGCUCCUAUAGCAAUGAUUUUUUUGAGGAGAAAAGCUCAGUCACCUGCACUUUCAUUCAUGUUAUUGUUUAAGACGUUCAUGCUUGUCUUGAUGGGGAUUUCAAUUUUUUAUGCCAUCUAUUUCAUUGGAUUGAGCUACAUAUCAGCAACAGCAACUUCUGCCAUUUCAAACUCCCUCCCUGUAUUCACCUUCAUUUUUGCUGUUUUCCUCAGGAUGGAAACUUUGAAGCUGAAGAGCAGAUCAGGCAUAGUUAAGCUUCUAGGAAUACUAUUCUGUGUGACUGGAAUACUGAUAAUUGCUCUAUAUAAAGGCCCCCAGUUGAGCUCAUUGAACCACCACCACAUUCAACUCAACAACCAUGAAGGAGACUCCAACCAUGAGUCUAACCACUCUAUCACCACCUGGAUAAAAGGCUCCUUCCUAGUGGUCUUGUCCUGUGUAAUCUGUUCACUGUGGUUUAUCUGCCAGGGGACAUUGCUGAAGGAACUCCAGUCAAAGCUACACUUCACAACCUAUGUCUGCAUAUUCAGCACCAUCCAAUCAUUUGUUAUUGCCAUCAUGUUCGAAAGAGACUUUACCAAAUGGAAGUUGCACUGGGACAUGGGAUUGCUCGCAAUUGGAUACUCUGCAGUUGCUGUCACCGGUUUAUCCUACUACUUGCAAGCCUGGUGUGUUGACAAGAAGGGCCCUGUCUUUCUAGCCAUAUCAACACCAUUGUCCUUUGUUUUCACCAUGAUAGGCUCGUCAUUCAUCUUAGGUGAACAAAUAAAUAUGGGAAGUGCAUUAGGUGGGAUUUCUAUGGUGGCAGGACUCUACAGUGUUCUAUGGGGAAAGAGCAUGGAAACCAAAGUGCCUCAACCAUCCAUUGUGAUUGAGUGCAGUGUAUAAUUUUAGCAAAAGUAUAAUUUUUAUCUUGAUAAAAUCACAGGAACCACCUUGACUUAAUUAUAUAUAAUGAUUAUUGUGUUGGCACAUUGACUGAAGCUGACUCAAAAGAAUGAAACUGCAUGUUUUGUAUCUUGUGAUUUGAAGCUAUAUCUGCAGAAAUCUACUCGUACAAGCUGGGCUUUACUAGUGAUUUUGUUUGGAGGCUGUUGUCCAUUCCAAAGUUAAUGCCCAAGUCUGUAUAAGCUAUGAAUUGCUUGUACUAGCUAUCUUUAUAGUUAUCUGUUGCUUUUGCUUUUGUUUUGGAAAUAUAUGUAUGCUCUAUGCAGGCUACUGCAAAGUGAAGCAAAAUUGAAAUAACUAUCUUCUGAAGCUCUUCCUCUUCAUUUUCAGUAUUCUCACUUCACAGUUACAACAUAUAUAUUUCUGCAGGUUUACAGAACAGUGGUAUCAGAGCUCCUAUUUCGAUCCACCUGUGUGUGUUCUUCCUCUGGUAUGUGUCCAAGAGCCGCAAACAUGGCUGCAAAUGGUAUGCCUCCUUUGCCGAUGUUCGAUGGUGAAGACUAUGGAGCUUGGAGUAUAAUGAUGAGAACGUUGUUUCGUUCUCAAGAUUUGUGGGAUUUGAUUGAGAAAGGAAUCCCAGAAGGUGAAGAUGAGGCCAGGAUGAAGGAGCACAAGAAGAGAGACUCAAAGGCCCUCUACUUGAUCCAGCAAGCCGUGAACCGUAAGGUAUUCUCUCGCAUAGAGGCAGUUGAGACAGCGAAAGCGGCUUGGGAUCGUCUGAAACGGCAUUAUCAAGGUGACCCCAAGCUAACUGCAGUGAAGUUGCAAGGAUUGCGACAAGGUUUUGAAAACCUCAAGAUUAAGAACAAUGAGAGUGUUGAAGACUUCAUUACUCGCGUUGAAGAGAUGGUGAACGAAAUGAAGAGGCUUGGAGACACUAUCUCUGAAGCUAUGGUGGUCGGAAAGGUGCUGAGAAGCAUGGGG